GGCCUCCUGAGCGUCCACCAUGGCCAGCCGGAAGCGGCCGAGCGCGGCGGCGGCGGCGGGCAGCGUCAUGCUGGAGCACCGGGCGCGGCCGUGCGCCGGCCCCGAGGACGAGGAGCCCGCCGCCGCCGCGGAGCGGGCCCUGGACGCCGACUACUCGCCCGCGGGCCUGGCGCUGUCCGGCCUGCGGCCCGAGAGCCCCGCGGGGGCGGCCAGCCCCGACGAGGCGGGCGGCGCCGAGCAGAGCCCCGACGGCGGGGACUCGAGCUCCGACUACGUGAACAACACGUCGGACGAGGACGAGGAGGACGAGGAGGAGGACUACGACGAGGGCCUGCCCGAGGAGGAGGGGGUCACCUACUACAUCCGCUACUGCCCCGAGGACGACAGCUACCUGGACGGCGCGGGCUGCGCGGCGCCGCUGGACACGGACGAGUGCCAGGAGGCGGUGGAGGAGUGGACGGACUCGGCCCCCGCCGGCGCGCGGCGGCCGCCCCUGGAGCCCGCGCCCGGCCCCGCGGCGGGGGCGGCGGCGCCCGGGCGGGACGACGAGGACGCGGCGCGCUCGGGCGCCAGCGACGACGGGGACCCCGACUUCUACCCCGCCGCCGCCGAGGCCAACGGCAACGCGCCCGCCGGCCGCGACCCCGACGACCCCGAGGAGGACAUCGACCAGAUCGUGGCCGAGAUCAAGAUGAGCCUGAGCCUGAGCAGCAUCACCAGCGCCGGCGAGGCCAGCCCCGAGCGCGCGCGCGCCCACGAGCACGAGCACGCCCGCGAGCACGCGCGCGCCGACGCCCCCGGCGGCCGCGGCGGCCCCGGCCCGGGCCGGCAGCAGCACGAGGCGCGGCCCCGGUCGCUGAACCUCCCCGCCGAGGCCAAGCACCAGGCCGAGCCCCAGAGGGGCUUCAAGGCCAAGAGCAGGACUCCCGAGGAGAGGCCCAAGUGGUCGCCGGAGCAGGUCUGCAACGGUCUGGAGCAGCCCCGGAAGCAGCAGCGCUCGGACCUCAAUGGCCGCGUGGACAAUAACAACAUCCCAGAGACCAAGAAGGCGGCUUCAUUUCCCAGUUUUGUGGCUGUUCCAGGGCCCUGCGAACCUGAGGAUCUCAUCGACGGCAUCAUCUUCGCGGCCAACUACUUGGGCUCGGCCCAGCUGCUGUCAGAGCGGAACCCGUCCAAGACCAUCCGGAUGACGCAGGCCCAGGAGGCCGUGAGCCGGGUCAAGAGGAUGCAGAAGGCGGCCAAGAUCAAGAAGAAGGCGAACUCGGAGGGGGACAGCCAGACGCUGACCGAGGUGGACCUCUUCAUCUCCACGCAGAGGAUCAAGGUGUUAAAUGCCGACACGCAGGAGACCAUGAUGGACCACGCCCUGCGCACCAUCUCCUACAUCGCCGACAUCGGCAACAUCGUGGUGCUCAUGGCCCGCCGCCGCAUGCCCCGCGCCGCCUCGCAGGACUGCAUCGAGACCACGCCGGGCGCGCAGGAGGGCAGGAAGCAGUACAAGAUGGUCUGCCACGUGUUCGAGUCUGAGGAUGCCCAGCUCAUCGCCCAGUCCAUCGGCCAGGCUUUCAGCGUGGCCUACCAGGAGUUCCUGCGGGCUAACGGCAUCAACCCCGAGGACCUGAGCCAGAAGGAGUACAGCGAUGUCAUCAGCACGCAGGACAUGUACAACGACGACCUCGUGCACUUCUCCAACUCCGACAACUGCAAGGAGCUCCAGCUGCAGAAGCACAAGGGCGAGAUCCUGGGCGUGGUGCUGGUGGAGUCCGGCUGGGGCUCCAUCCUGCCCACCGUCAUCCUGGCCAACAUGAUGAAUGGGGGCCCGGCCGCGCGCUCCGGCAAGCUCAGCAUUGGCGACCAGAUCAUGUCCAUCAAUGGCACCAGCCUGGUGGGGCUGCCGCUGGGCACCUGUCAGGGCAUCGUCAAGGGGCUGAAGAACCAGACGCAGGUGAAGCUGAACAUUGUCAGCUGCCCGCCCGUCACCACAGUGCUCAUCAAGCGGCCUGACCUCAAGUACCAGCUGGGCUUCAGCGUGCAGAACGGAAUCAUCUGCAGCCUCAUGCGCGGGGGCAUUGCCGAGCGAGGGGGCGUCCGUGUGGGCCAUCGCAUCAUUGAGAUCAACGGGCAGAGCGUGGUGGCCACCGCCCAUGAGAAGAUCGUCCAGGCUCUUUCCAACUCGGUGGGAGAGAUCCACAUGAAGACCAUGCCAGCUGCCAUGUUCAGGCUCCUCACCGGCCAGGAGACCCCACUGUACAUCUAGGGCUCCCCUGGGCCGAGGCGUGACCAGCGGAACCAGGACCUGACCCCGACCCCACCGCCCACCCCAGGGACACCGCGCAGGCCAAGCCCUCGCCACCCACUUUCCUU